UUUACCAACUGAGAUAUUUCCAUCCUCAACAAAGGAAAGGGCAUAUAACGUCUUUGGCCGCCACACUUCAUGCCGGUUGUGAAUGAUUGAUCUCAGAAAGUGAGGUCACUCCCACACCACCGGAGUGGAGAUUCCUCUCCAGGAGACCCUAGGGAGUACUUGAGCUAAACCUUCAUACUAUGCCAUAGAAAGGACAUACGGUGUAUUCCGCUACGGUAAGGUAUUCCUACCCUUGCUGUAUAGGCUUUGUUCAAGUCUGAGCACAACGUUGUACAUCGCUAACCUCGAACAAGAAGAUACCUCUGUCCGUCAUUCGGUAGAACUCAUAGAUAUCUAUAUCCUGUCUUCGGCUAUCACUAUGCGAGGAAUGGUUAAAAAAAAUAAAAGCCCAAAUGCUGCUUUAGCGUUCGACAUUUGCGCCUUGAGAAAUAUAUAUAUACAUCAGGUCAUGCAAUCGGUUCCAAGUUCUUACAUGGUGCUUUUCUUCUCUCUCCUCCUUUUCGUUCGUUUUCUUUUGUGCGACGUUAUCAAGUGUUAACUGGGAGGAUAGUAUGUGUACCUGGUUUAUGAUACUAUCUAUACGCCGAUUAUGAUACAGAUACCACGGGAAUAAUCU